AUGAAUUACGUCGAUCAACAACAGUUUAUAAUGCAACAAGGACAACGGAUGCAAAAUCCUCGAAUGAUUUCUGUACCGACAACUGUGACACCGCAACAUUUGCAUAGGCAACAGAGAUAUGGCAUGGCAAUGAUGCAACCCGGUCAGCAACCAGUACAGAUCGCAUCCGGACAGUAUGUACAAAAUCCGCAAAUGCAGCCAAGGCUUAUGACAAUGAGCGAUGCGUUGUCGCGGCUACCACCUGAAGUACAACAGAUGGCUCAACAACAAAUUAAUGCAGAAACAAGUGCUGAAAAAAAACGACAAGUUGCUCUAGGAUUUAUACAAGGACGUGUUCGAUUAACACAACAAUAUCCUGGUCAAGGCACGAUGAAUAGUGGUGGAAUGAUGAUUAGUGUUGGGCUGAAUCAGCAAGUUGGUAUGGCUCAAGGAAAUACACAAAUGGUGCGUAUGGGGACUGUGCAGAGUGGUCCAGUACCAUAUCCAGCGCAAAACGUUUCGUUGCAAACUGGUAUGGGACAAAUGGGACCAGCACAGGUCUCUGUGCAACGCAUGCCAGGUCAUUAUAUGACAAGUAAUAUGAAUGCUCCUCAAAAUAUACAGUAUCAAUCACAGGAUCCCGGAAAUGUCCAAAAUUAUAACCCACAACAACAAAUUACUCUUACACAGCCAUCGUCUGUAGGACCCACUCUGCAACAAUCUUCUUCUUUGCAUCAUAAGGGCCCAAACAGUGUUCCAACUGCAAUUUACACGCAGCAUCAUCCUGAAAAUGCAACUGCGACACACAGUACAAUAAGUAGUAAAGGUGAUAAAAGCUCAGAUGAACCACUUUAUAGUCAGAAACUAGAGUUAUUGAAACCUUAUCAUGAACAUAUCAAAAGACUGCUUGAAAGAAAUCGUUUGGAUGGACAGGCACCGAAGUCGAAAUUUGAGCGCCUUCUUGAAAUAAUGGAAAAUCGUCGGAAAGUAGAGUUGAAACUUCUGGAAAAGCUGGUUGUUAGUGUAAGAAAUUUAAUCGAACGUGAUUCACUUUGUUUUCCGUUAAUAGAUGCUUUACGUCUGGAGAGUGGUGAUACUCCGAAGACACCGCUUCCAGAUCCUUGGGAUGACUUCCAUCAAUACGCAAUAAAAGUUCCAGAAAAAGUGAUGAAUUUAGUUAAAGAAGAAAAAACGAAAAGUAAGGAAAGUAAAGGUGUAAUACCAGUCAAACGAAUCAAAAAAGAAGAAGAUUCUGAUGAACGGAUAGCGGUGAUAUGCCAAGAUGGUUCACGACUAGAAUUAUCACAAGAAGCAUCAGAUCAACUUCGGCCACACAAUUACAGAUUUGACCCUGAAUUUAUUCCAAUAUCAGAUGACUGUACAGAAAUUCAAGUGUUUAUCGAAAACGAUAUUCUCCUAGUACCUCCAUUGCGAUUAGUGAUACCUUUGAACUAUCCGGAAUCUAAGGCAUCCAUAUGGCGUGAUCGGUGGUCCUACGGUGGUGUUAACUUGAUCGAUAUCAAUACACAGUUCGAUAAGCGCUUAAAUAUGGCCGUAAAUUGUCGAAGUAUCACGGAAAUUAUCAAUGCCUGGAAGCUUGCUUCUUUGCAUGUUCUGAAAAUUGGUAGUUCUAGUGCGAGCACAUAG